AUGUAUGACGGGCACUGGCUUAAAACCGUAGGCUGGGUAGAUCUCAGGAUGAAAGAGGUGGGCGAGACCUCGCGCCCUUCGCCGAGGCAGACGCCAGCAGCACCUUCGGCAGAGCCCCCGCCGGCCCCCUGCCCCGCUGCCGGCCCCGCGGCGCUGAAGAAGGAGAAACCCCUGGAAGAUGAUGAAUCCCAAAAAGUCCUGACGAAGGGCCCCCGUGCCGAGCUCGCAGGCACUCCCGAAGCUGUGACAUGCCAGCCCCAGGUGCGAGCAGCCCCGCAGCCCCCCAGCCCCUGCACCCACUUGCUGCAGAACGGCGCCGGGAGGGGGCCCGAUCCGGGCAGUGCCAACGGGGAGGCAGGGAAUGGGGUCUUCCGCCCCCUCCCCAGCACCCAGAAGCCUCACCGAAAGCUGCAGUCGCACCACUCCAUCAACAGCCAGAGCAGCAAGAAGAGCAAGGGCAGCUCCAAGUCGGCCUCUUCCCACAUCCCUAUUGAGGCGCAAGAAGACUGCUGCGUCCACUGCAUCCUCUCCUGCCUCUUCUGUGAGUUCCUGACCCUCUGCAACAUCGUGCUGGACUCCGUGCGAUGCCGAGGGCUGGUGCUCGAUGCCGAGGGCUGCCGUGUGAUGCGGCCGGUGCGCAACGCCGAGGCCCCGGGCGCCCCCGCCGGCACAGGGAUACCUGCCUUGCAGAGCAAGCAGAGACUUUUCCGCGCGGCUCGUCAGGAAGAGGUGCCUCAUAAACCCAAAUAG